AUGGGGACAGUCGGGGACCUAAAUCCGGACGCACCAGCGGGCGGGGACUUACCGGUGUGGACAGUGACCAGGCAGACACCAGACUCGCUGCUCUCAGUGACCGUCCACCCGGUCUCCUCCCUCGCUUCCAGCUUGAUCAGCAUCACGGGCCGUGUGACGGUGCGGCUGGCCUGCGUUCCCCGGGCCGCUGUGCCCUUCAGAGCAGGAGGCGGGAAGGCCCAGCGGAAGGAGAGGCGGAGGCCUGGGACCCGGACCCUGGGGGGGCCGUGCCCCGCCAAGUGGAAGGAGAAGGAGCGUCCUGACGCCCGGCCGCUCAAGCCACCUCCUCGCCGCUUGCUGAAUUCCCACCGGCUCCGGGGAGGAAAUCUAGAAGUGCACUGGCUGGAAAGCUGGAGGCCGCCGACACUGAUGCACCCGUUCUCUCAGCCCCCAGCCUGUGACAUGUUCAGGACACCCCCGUACCGCCAGGACCUCCACACGCCCCCCACCCCCCGAGGCCGCCUCCCCGACCUGGGAGUCGAAAGACCCGCCACACCGGGGCCGACCGGCUUCCGAGAGGCCGGGGCCCGGAGGCCUGGCGUCCGGGGUCCCGGCAGGGCCGCCGUCCGGCUUCUGCACCUGUCUGGAAACAAGCCCACAGAGAAGUCACGUCCACCGAGCAGCGCCUGCGAGGCCGUCCGCGCGGCCACGGGGUCCUCGUCCCGGGCUGGCGGCACAAGCCUCGGGCUGCGCGUCGGGGACAGAAGCCCUCGAGGCGGCGGGGGCCCGCCAGCUCGCCCGCCCUCCUGGUCCCCGAGGCCCCGCGGAGCCCUGCGUGCCGGCGGCCGCUGGAUCGUCUCCGAGGGCAGUGAGAGCCGGGACCAGAACCCCCCCGGGGCCACGCUGAACCCCCUGGCUCCUGCUUCGCGAGCCCCCACGCGCACCCGGCCCGCCCUGCCCCCACGCCAGGAGGUGGAGGAGCCAGCGGAACGGGGUCAGACGGCCGAGGAGCCCGUGGACCCUGGCCCAGGGGAGCCGGGGAUUCUGACCGAGCCCCCUGGCAUCUUCUCCGGUAACGGCAACGCCCGUGGUCUGUCGGCGCCCGGCUCAGCCCUCGCCCGGGGGCCCCCAAGGAGCCGAGGCCGUGAGUCCCCACCUGCUCGCGGGACCGACUCCCGACCUCAGCCGCGGAAGCCCCCUCGGGAGCAGGUGUCUCCCCGGGGGCUCCUUCAGAUGACCCCGCAGCCCCCGCUGCCGGCUCGCGGCCUCGCAGGAGACCCUGACGCCCAGGCCCCACGCCGGCCUCGCGGGGUCGCCCGCUGGAAACGUGCUGGUCCUGGCAGACGCCCCGGGGAAGCCCAGCCCCGAGAGGACAGAGGCGGGAGCACCGAGAACUCUCGGGAGGAAGGGUCGGCCGCGGCCGCCAGCUGGGCCUGCCCUGACCGCGGGCCCCGCAGCCCCUCCCGACAGGCGCCCGCACCACAGCUGACAAAGCGGGAGACGCACAUCGCGACGCCCUGCGUGUGUCCUUCAGCUUUAACCCCCAGCACCCAGGUCGCACCCUCCUUUGGAAACAAGGUCAUCGCAGCUGCGAUCGGCCAGGAUGUGAUUGUGCUGGUGUGA